AUGUUUAAUCGAAACAAUUUUUCUUAUAAUGGUGGUAGACAUUAUACAGAUCCAACAUCUUCUCGAUAUAAUACAAAAUAUAGUCGACGUGGUGGUCGAAAAGAUUAUCGUCCUGAAUCCCAUCAUAAUGGAGAUGAUGUCGAUACACUUAUGGUAUCAAUAAAUCGUCAUUUAACAACUGAUGGAAAUCCAUCUCAAGAUUUAUCAUCAAGAAGAUAUAUAACUAAACGCACUCAAGGUCAUCGACCAACUCGUUUAAAUUAUCAAUUCAAAAGUGCUCAAAUAAAUCAGACAGGUUGGUGGCGUGUAACAAUUCAACAAGCUGGUAUAAUUGGGAAAGAACGUGUUAUGUCAACACUUAAAGCUCAUUGUCCUCGUCAAUUUCAACCAUAUCAUUAUUUCAUUGAUCCUCAUACGAAAGCAGGUGUUUUCUUUGUCAAUAAUCAACACGAUGCCGAUAUGAUUAAACGAGCUAAUGGAAAAAUUGAAGUUCAAAAUUUAGAUAUACUUCGUAUUAUGGUUGGCCGAGUUUCAGCCCCAAUACCAUCAAUGGAUGAAGAUUUACGACCACACUUUAAAGAUUAUUUACUUAGUCGUCGAUUUAAUCAGCAAACAUUUCAAUUAGAUUUAUCGAAUUUAGCUGAUGAUGAAGAAUUAAGUUCUUUCGGUAUCUUUCCACAAUUUAAUAAACAUGCAUUCAUACGUGAUGUUAUUGAUAUUAUUAAUAAAGAUCUUCCUAUGAUACGACAAUUAGAUUUGGGUUCAAAUAAUAUCAUGAAUUUAUAUGAAUUUCGUAAUCUUCAUUUAAAUAAUCUUGUACAACUAAGUUUUGCUUCAAAUCAAUUAAAAAAUGUUGAAGAUUUUGAUAAUCUCAAACAUUUAUCUCAAUUAGUUCAUAUAUAUAUUAAAAAUAAUCCAUUAACAUUACCAAAUAACAAAUGCAAUAAUUCAAUCGAUAAUAUAAUCAGUACCAUACAGCAAAAAUUACCACAACUCAAACGAAUUGAUGAUAUUGAUCUUACACCAGCUAUUCGUUUUGCAACUGAUAUUGAAACAAUAAUAUUACCAAAAUCAUUACCACAUCAUGUACCACAUGAUAUGCAAGCAUUUUUAGCUACAUUUAUUGGAGAAUUUUAUCCAUUAUUUGAUACACCUGGCCGUAGUAAAUUACAUGCAUGUUAUGAUGAUUUAUGUAUAUUGUCGUUAUGUAUUACAAAAUUAGAAGAUUCACAUGUUCCUAUGCGACAUUAUAAAUAUGGUACAUUAUUAACGGAAUCAAGAAAUUUACAGUUUGUUACGGAUAAUAAUAAACGUAUUAGUCUAUUACGACAUGGUAAAACAGCUGUAUUAGAUUUCUUAAGACUUAAAUUUCCACAAACGAAACAUGAUGGAAAUUCAUUUCAUGUUGAUGUUAUUUCAACAGCUAAUAAUCGAGCUAUUUUUACAAUAAAUGGUCUUUAUACAGAAGUGGAUCAAAGUAUAAAUCAUCCUAUUCGUUGUUUUCAACGUACAUUUACUUGUGCUAAAACUGCAGCUGGUGUACUUAUCAUAGCUGAUCAUAUUAUGCUAAGUAGUGCAACUGGUGCACAAAUUUCCAAAAUGACUCAUUCUUCAACAACAACAUCAUCAUCACAAAGUUCGAAUAAUCAAAAUACAAACGUUGACAUAAAAAAUCAAGAAAUGAUUCAGAAAUUUUCUGAACAAUCAGGCAUGAAUAUAGAAUAUUCAAGAUUAUGUUUACAACAAAAUAAUUGGAACUAUGAUCAAGCUGCAGGAGUAUUUCUUGAUUUACAAAACAAGAAUGAGAUUCCACCGGACGCUUUCAAUAAAUCUUAA